ACAGCUGCCGUUAAACCCCAAAGAAGAAGAAGAAGAAGAAGGCCGCCUUACAAUUGUGUUACGUCAUCACCGACCCUCACAUCUUUGUCAGUGAACAAAAUGGCAACUUACUGUCUCACGGUCGCUCGGCUCCAGCUGGCCCUGGGCCACGGUGCACGGCGCCUGCACAUCUCCGCAGCGUACAGAGCGAAGGCCAAAGUGUCCAUGAGCCGCUUUGAGCCCUCUUCCUUCAUCAGCUACGAGAAGCUCCAGUCCAACGUUGACAUUGUGCGAAAAAGGCUCAACCGUCCCCUCACCCUGUCAGAGAAGAUUGUGUACGGUCACCUCGAUGACCCGCACAACCAGGAGAUCGAUCGUGGCCGCACCUACCUGCGCCUGCGUCCUGACCGCGUGGCCAUGCAGGAUGCUACUGCCCAGAUGGCGAUGCUCCAGUUCAUCAGCAGCGGGCUGCCAAGGGUGGCUGUGCCUUCCACCAUCCACUGCGAUCACUUGAUUGAGGCUCAGAUUGGAGGAGCCAAGGAUUUAGCCAGAGCAAAGGAAGUGAACCAAGAGGUUUACAACUUCCUGUCCAGUGCUGGGGCAAAAUAUGGAGUUGGCUUCUGGAAACCUGGCUCUGGAAUUAUCCAUCAGAUCAUCCUAGAGAACUAUGCCUAUCCAGGAGUAAUGCUUAUUGGCACAGAUUCCCACACGCCAAACGGUGGUGGGCUUGGUGGCAUCUGCAUUGGAGUGGGUGGAGCUGACGCCGUAGAUGUCAUGGCGGGAAUCCCCUGGGAGCUCAAGUGUCCCAAGGUGAUUGGCGUGAAGCUGACAGGCACCCUGUCCGGCUGGACAUCUCCUAAGGAUGUCAUCUUGAAGGUGGCCGGCAUCCUGACAGUAAAGGGAGGCACUGGAGCCAUCGUAGAGUACCAUGGACCAGGAGUCGACUCCAUUUCCUGCACUGGAAUGGCCACUAUUUGCAACAUGGGAGCAGAAAUCGGGGCAACGACCUCCGUGUUUCCUUACAAUCACCGCAUGAGGACCUACCUGGAGAAGACUGGACGUGCAGAGAUCGCCGCUGUGGCUGAUGAAUACUCAGAUUUGUUGGUACCGGAUCAAGGCUGCGAGUAUGACCAGAUCAUCGAGCUCAAUCUGGACGAGCUGAAGCCCCACAUUAAUGGACCCUUCACUCCUGACCUGGCUCACCCAGUGUCUGAAGUCGGUGCUGCGGCUCAAAAGAACGGCUGGCCGCUUGAGGUGAAAGUUGGUCUGAUUGGCAGCUGCACUAACUCCAGCUACGAGGACAUGGGUCGCGCCGCCUCUGUGGCCAAACAGGCUUUGGACAAAGGCCUGAAGUGUAAAGCACAGUUCACAGUCACCCCCGGCUCAGAGCAGAUUCGUGCCACCAUUGAGAGAGAUGGAUAUUCAAAGAUCCUCGGAGAUGUCGGAGGUGUGGUCCUUGCAAAUGCAUGCGGACCCUGCAUUGGACAGUGGGACAGGCGCGAUGUGAAAAAGGGAGAGAAGAACACCAUCGUCACCUCCUUCAACAGAAACUUCACUGCCAGGAACGACGCUAACCCCGCAACGCACGCGUUCGUUACCUCCCCUGAGAUCGUCACUGCUCUCGCCAUCGCUGGCACAUUAAACUUCAACCCUGAGACAGAUUACCUUACAGCCCCCAAUGGGGAGAAGUUCAAGCUGGAGCCCCCAAAUGGAGACGAACUCCCAUCCAAGGACUUUGACCCUGGCCAGGACACCUACCAGCACCCUCCUGCUGACGGCAGCAGCCUCAAGGUGAACGUCAACCCUCAGAGCAACCGCCUGCAGCUGCUGGAGCCCUUUGACAAGUGGAGCGGAAACGAUCUGGAGAACAUGCAGGUCCUCAUCAAGGUGAAGGGAAAAUGCACCACAGACCACAUCAGCGCCGCAGGACCUUGGCUGAAGUUCCGCGGUCACCUCGAUAACAUUUCUAACAACAUGCUGAUCGGUGCAGUCAACAGUGAGAACGAUGCUGUCAACAAGAUCAAGAAUCACCUGACAGGAGAGUAUGGAGGAGUCCCUGACGUAGCCCGUCACUACAAGGCCAACGGCAUUUCCUGGGUUGUGGUUGGUGACGACAACUACGGUGAGGGCUCGAGCCGAGAGCAUGCUGCACUGGAGCCCAGGCAUCUGGGAGGGAGAGCUAUAAUUGUCAAGAGCUUCGCCAGAAUCCACGAAACAAAUCUCAAGAAGCAGGGCCUGCUCCCCCUGACCUUCAACAACCCAUCAGACUAUGACAAGAUCCGCCCCGACGACAAGAUCUCCAUCAGAGGACUUAAAAGCUUCGCUCCAGGAAAGCCUCUGACCGCAGUCUUAAAACACAGCGACGGCACUGAGGAGACCCUGCAGCUCAACCACAGCUUCAACGAGACACAGAUCCAAUGGUUCCAGGCGGGCUCUGCCCUCAACAGGAUGAAGGAGAUGCAGCAUUGAGAAUGAGGAAGAUGAUUGUCAGAGGGGGGGGAACCGUGGUGAGGAUUGUGAAGAAUAAGGAGGAUAAAGAUUAUAUAAUGAUAAUGAUUAUUUCAUCGUCAGCAUUAUCUUACAGUUCUGACUGAUUUAAUGUGUCUGUAUGCCUGUAAGAGUUAAACGUAGAGCCAAGUGUGAAGCUAAUGUUCACUAUGGAACAGUUUGCUCCGAUGUUAAAAUUUAAUUCAUCAGUACAGAGUUAUUGUAAGCAGCCAUGUUUCAGUGAAUCAUUGAUAACCGGUUAGAGAUUCUGUUGUAACAAAACAAACGAGGGACACACUCGCACACUUUGACACACUAAUCGGUGACAUAAUACGCUGCAAGCUGAUGCUCUGCUAGUGCGUUUGCAGUGUGGAGGGCAAUCACCUUAUUGCUUUAGGACUGUGUUGACCUCUGCAUGGCUUCAUCCAAAUUGUCCCAGUGUUAUUCCAAAGUUCACCCUAAACAGCUAAAAGCUGCCAUGCAUUGCAUUUAGUCCAUUUAGUGAAGGUCAAAAAUCCAGAUGUUGUUAAGCCAUAUGCACGUAUUUAUUCCCCCUGAAGUUUAGCUCGUCUGCCCCCUGGUGGCCAUGAGGAUGUGGUUUGCUGUGUAGCAGGUAUAGCAUCUUCAUAUGAAUGCCCACUUUAACACCAAGUUGACAUCUUUUCCUUUAUCUAGGACAGGGGUGCCCAAUCCUAGUCCUCGAGAGCUACCGUCCUGCAGCUUUUAGAUUCAUCCUUGUUCCAACACACCUGAAUCAAAUGAAUGUCUUGUUAUCAGGCCUUUGCCAAACUUGAUGGCAUGCUGAAGAGGUCAUCAAACCAUUUGAUUCAGCUGUGUUGGAGUAGGGAUGCAUCUAAAAGCUGCAGGACAGUAGCUCUCGAGGACUAGGAUUGGGCACCCCUGAUCUAGGAAUUUGAUCUAGGGCAUUCUGGGAAACUGAGUCAGGUUAGCUGCAACAUGUGGGAAGCACUGAACAUCAGAUUACUGUGUAUCUAACUGUGAGAGGGGGUCCUUUUUCUGGUUGUACUUCAUUACGGUACAUAUUCAUUUUAAGACACAAAAGACGGUGUUACAUUUCAUGCUGUAUUUAAAAACAACAACAAAACAAAAAAACAAAAAAACCACAUGCUUUAUUGCUGCUCGUGGAUACAGUGACUUGCACUCUUUUUUUUUUUUUUUUUUCUUUAUUGCUAAUAUCACAACCACUAUCCCUAAACUGUUCCUCCCAAUCAGUCUUCUUGUCUUUACAAGAUCAAGCACUUCAGCCGACCCACUCCCAGUUAUUUAUGUGUGUUACUUAUUUAUCUUUUUUUCUGCAGACGUACCUGCACCUCCAUAAAAGCACAGGGUUAACUUGGACCUCUUCAAACCUAUAUCGUUAGGUUUUUGGUUUAAUUUUGUUUUGUUUUUUUGGAGGGCACUAGUUUGCUUCUUCUUUUGUUUAUUUUUUACCCCACCAAUAAAUAUAACGGUAUUGUUGGGGAAAUGCUUAAAAUUGUGACCGAUCAAAGUGUUAAAAAAACAUGUUAAUGAGGACUCUCAUAAGAAACCCAGAGCAGUGAUCUGUGAUGGUGUCAGUUUAAUUAAAGGUCCCUCUGAAACCUUCACAUGACAGUCCUAUGCUUUUCAAAACUUCCUGGUACCCAAUGAAGCUCCAAUCAGGUGAACGAUUUAACCCCCUCCCGAUUCUAAAACGGUGUAUGUCAAAUGUCCGCUUUAGUGUGCUUUCUGUGUUCUCUUCCUCACAAAUGAUCUUUUCUGUAUUAUAGAAAUGCAGUGGGUUGUACAAACAAUAAAAAUUCACAGAUCUCACUUAUUUGCCUGUGCUCUAGUGAGGUGACUUCA